GUGUAUAACUUCAAUCAGACGUUUUCCUUGUGUUUCACAAGGUUUUCAAGGCCGUACACGGAAAAUGGAACCCAAAAUGGAAAGGAGCCGAAGGGUUCACCUCAUGGUGAGCCAGAGCUUCAUGUCGCGCUGCACAGUGACGGAGAGCAUGGCCCAGAUGGCGAUCCUGAAUGUGGACACCUCCAUUUCCACUGAGAACGCGGUGAUCAAGACCCUGCGGUUGAUCGAGGACAAGUUUCGGGGCUACUUCGAGUGCUACCAGAAGGAGCUGCAACUGCAGAGGAUCGCGGCGCAGAGCAUCAGCCAGCUGAUCCGCCGCUACAGGGUCACCACGGAGGAGGGCACGAGCUGCAUGUGCCCGCAGAUUUACGAGGUCGAAACAGAGGACGCAAUGGUCACCAAGUACUCCCUGGACUACCAGGUGCUAGUCAGUUCCAACGAGAGCCAGAGCUGGGACAUCGACAGGCUUCGUCCCUAUGUCCUGAUCUUCCGGAACGAGUGCGCCAAGCUGGAUCUCAACGAGCAGAGUCCAUUUAUCCAGGGUGACGCCUUCCACAAGCCCAUAAAGUUCUACAUGGACCUGGUGGAGGAACUCUUCUCCUACUUCCACAGUGGCCACCUCCAGCUGGACUGCGCUGCCCGCCUGAUGAGUCCUUGGGAUCUCAACAGCGUGGAGUACUACCAGAAGCUAUUGGCCCCCAAUGACAACUUCGACGAAUACUUUAUGCAGAAUAUAAGCUUUUGCAAAUGCCUGCGGGUGCCGCCCAAGUGUCCUUCGAACGAGAGUCUUCUGCUGGUCAAGGAUCGGUCAGAGCCGUUUAUUAACGAGGCCAAGGAAAAGAGGUGUGCCAGGCGAUUCGACAAGAUGGCCGAGUACGGACGGACCAGUCUCGAAACGGACCAGAAGAAAUCAACACUAAAUAGUAUUGAGGAAUCGGACAUGAACGACAGAGCCAGGCUUAGUCACCACACUCGGGACCCGCGCCUUCUCGCUUCUGAGAUUGAUCGCUUCCUGCGCUGCUCUGCGGAAAAUAAUUUGGAGGAUUUAGGUUCCCUCGUUGUUACGCCAAAUUAAUCCUCUGUGGACUUACUAAGCUUCGAAACAUUAGGAAAACGGAUAUUGUUUCAAUUGUUUUGGCAUUUAUUAAGUUUGUUUUGUAACGAUUUGUACCAUUAUAGAAUUUGGGAUCAGAAAUGUUAAAUUUAAUUAUCGAAAUACGUAAUAAAAAGGCAGGUCGAGAUGGUUA